UCAACGGUUUUUCGGCUUUGGAGAAAUUCCACUGGGCGACGCUCAGGGCGUGUCGCGGUGCAUCACGUGAGCGGCGUUCCCAUCAUGUGAUUCGUAAUACUGGAAAAAAAUGGCAGACAGAGAAAGAGAGUCAGGCAGUAUGGAAAACAGUAACAGUUCCGCAGGCCAGGCGCUGGGUCCCAACAGCGCGACAGACACAGCUUUCUUCGGCCAGAUUCGGGGCUCUGAUCCCGGGACAGACGCAGACUCGUACAUGCCUGUCCCUAAAAAGCCAGGCAGUCACAAUGAAAGCGGUGUGGAAACAGCAGAGGAGGCCGUUGAGCCGGCAGAGCCCGACAUCAACGAGCUGUGCAGAGACAUGUUCGACAAGAUGGCUGUGUUCCUGCAGGGAGAGCUCACAGCUACUUGUGAAGACUACAAACUCGUGGAAAACAUGAACAAACUGACCAGCCUGAAGUACAUGGAGAUGAAGGACAUCUCAAUAAACAUCAGCCGCAACCUCAAGGAUUUAAAUCAGAAGUAUGCAGGUCUGCAGCCGUACCUUGACCAGAUCAAUCAGAUAGAGGAGCAGGUAACAGCCCUCGAACAAGCAGCAUACAAACUGGACACCUACUCCAAAAAACUAGAGGCCAAGUUUAAGAAGUUAGAAAAACGUUGAAGCUCUUCUGAUAACAGCUGUGAGGUUGAGAAGGCGACAGAUGAACCGUGUUUGAUUGGCUGGCUUAAUCCUGAUGCUCUUGUCCACGUGUUGCUCAACACGCAUUGGAGCUUUUGACGUGGAAAACCAUACGACCUGAGAUGUUCUGAUACUGAAAGCAAAAAAACAAACAAAAACAAAAAACUUUUAAACAAA